AGUUCACGAUCAAGAAAAAACAGUAAUCUCUUCAGUCCAUUUUUACUUCCUGACAUAAUGAAUGGAUGAUGGAAGGGUGUGCCGCCGGUAAUCUUAUAGUACAUGUUAUGUAUAAGGAGAUAUUGGAGCACGCAAUAAUGAUGCACAGGCGCAUAUCCCCAUUGCUCGCCAAUUCGGCUCUCACCCACUGUGGUUACAUACAGCCAAAACGCGUAGCCACCCGUCUUCCGGGGUUCCGUCCGAGAUCGUUGAAUGACGUUUUCGGCCGGGCACUCAAGGUAUAUUUAGCCGGGCCAUGGGUACGAUGAUCGAGUCUGUUAUAAAGCGCUGGUCGUAUCCAUCUUAUCUUCCACAUCACCGUUCCCAGCCAUGAGUUUCUGCAAGGAUUGUGUCUCAGGCGUCACCCACGAGGGUAUUCCUACAGGCAAAAUUGAACAAAUUGGUGGUGUGGAAUGCUACGUCGCAACACCCACCGUGGAGUAUCCUAAGGACAAGGUCAUUCUCUUCUUGCCGGAUAUCUUCGGAAUCAUUCUUCCAAAUGCACAGCUCCUUGCCGAUGAUUUCGCUAAAAACGGUAUGAAGACUGUCAUUCCCGACUACCUGAACGGGGAUGCUGUCUCUGCUGAUGCUAUGGGCCCUGGCAAAUCAUUUGAUCUUCCCAGUUGGUUUGUUAACCAUACUCCUGCCCAUACUCGCCCUCCUUUGGAUAAGGUCGUCGCUGCGUUGAAGGAGUCUGGAGUAACAGACUUUGGCGCUACUGGAUACUGCUUCGGAGCUCGUUAUGUAUUUGACCUCGCCUUCGACGGCGUUCUCAAGGCUGCCGUCGUAUCUCAUCCAUCUUUACUUAAGUUCCCUGAUGAUUUCGAGAAAUAUGCUGCGACUACUAAAGCGCCCCUGCUGAUCAACAGCUGCACGUUCGAUCAGAUGUUCCCACAGGAAAUUCACGAGAAAACUGAUGAGUUAUUUGCUAAGUUCUCCCCGGGGUACAAGCGUGAAUACUGGGAGGGCUGUACACAUGGAUUUGCUGUGCGUGGCGAUUUGAGCAAUCCUCAGGUCAAGGCUGGGAAGGAGGGUGCCUUUAAGGCCGCGGCCCAGUGGCUCCUUAACUACUUAUGAAUUUAUUCUAUAUGUAAGUUGCAAAGAUGAGGUGGCCGGUCACGUAUGUACAUGUACGUAUAUAGUUGGGGGAUUUAAGAAUAUCUUGUAAAGCAUUACCCCCAGCCAUUGCAUUCAGCAAAGACUGUAUCUGAGGUACUUAAAGUGUACCUUAUGAGGCGUCACGUCAUAAAUACCACAUUUAACCGGUCUUCAGAGAACAUCAUUACAGGUGACUUCUUAGAGACAAACUCAAGUAGUAGGUGACCGGUCAUCGUUGGCCUACAUUUUCAACGAAUGGAGGAAAAUACGCAAUCCACUGUAAACGCAGACUUUCUCAUAAUGUUUUGAAACCAUGGGAAGACUAGUGAGCCAGCCAUCAAAAUCUCCCGGGAAUACAUGCGUUAGCAACGAAGGGCUAUUGGGCA